CCAGGUAAACUUAAACAGUAGACAUUCGGUCGUCUCUUUGGUCAGCUGGUUCUGUCCACCAAUUUAAAAAAAAAAUAGUCUAGUCCCAAUGUUAGAUCUACUGACGCGAUAUCCUUCGGAUUAAAAUAUUUGUAGGGAAAAAAAAUUCGGAAAAAGAAACGCAACCCUCUAAACGACGGAAUAAACUGAAAAUUUGAGCGCGGCUCGCGCGCCGCUUUGUGCGCGAGUGCUCAAAAUUUUUUUUUUGUUUUCCGUUUAAAAAAUUUAAAAAAACGGAAAUAUUGUGAAGAGGUGACCGGAAGUUUCGGUGGUACCUCUUUUUUAGGGGAGGGGGGGAAGGAAACUAGGUGUGCUCCAAUUUCCCGGUCGGACCGGAAAUGACUAUAUCGUACGCCAGCGAAGUGCCAAAUGGCUCCAGCUUUGGCUGCUUCUGGAGGAUCCUGAUAAAAUGGCGAGGCUCAGUUUAUAAGCUCAUAUGGCGAGAACUUCUCGUUUACCUUUUCGUUUAUUACAUCAUCAAUUUCACCUACAGAUAUGCUCUUAACGAAGAACAACAAAGGGUAUUCGAGAAGAUUCGGUAUUAUUUCGCAAAUUCGAGCGAUUCAAUUCCAAUGUCUUUUGUUCUUGGAUUUUACGUGUCGCUUGUAGUCAAAAGAUGGUGGGAGCAAUACAAACUUUUACCAUGGCCCGACAAUCUUGCACUUUUUAUAAGUGCCGCCAUUCCUGGAAACGAUGAACGAGGUCGUUUAAUGAGGAGGAACAUUGUCAGAUAUGCCGUUCUCGCCUAUGUCAUAACACUGCAGAGGAUUUCGUUACGAGUUAAAAGACGUUUUCCUACUCUUCAACACAUAGUCGACGUUGGUCUCAUGAUGGAGUCAGAGAAGAAAAUUUUCGAAAUGAUGAACAAAAAAGCAGCGAUGUCAAAAUAUUGGAUGCCAUUGGUUUGGGCAACGAAUAUCAUUAACAGGGCAAGAAAAGAGUCAUUAAUCACCAGUGAUCAAGUCGUGCAAACACUCCUCGUUGAACUGAGUGACAUUAGAAAAAGACUUGGAGCACUGAUUGGUUAUGAUACUGUUUGCGUUCCUCUCGUUUACACUCAGGUAGUAACUCUUUCCUUGUACGCCUAUUUUUUCUCCGCACUCCUUGGGCGACAAUUUACACGCGAAGAGGACGCAAAAAAUGGAAAAUAUGAAGUGCCAGACAUGUAUUUUCCAUUCUUCACAGCCUUGCAGUUUUGCUUUUACGUUGGAUGGCUCAAAGUGGCGGAAGUAUUAAUCAAUCCUUUCGGAGAAGAUGACGAUGACAUAGAACUUAAUUGGCUAAUCGAUCGUCACAUCAAGGCUGGUUACAUGAUAGUGGAUGAGAUGCAUGAGGAGCAUCCAGAACUUCUAAAGGAUCAGUACUGGGACGAGGUGAUACCAAAAGAUUUACCCUACACUGUUGCCAGUGAGCAGUACAGAAAAGAGGAGCCAAAAGGAUCUGCCGAGCAUUAUAAAGUCAAAGAGAGCGACGCUCUUUAUGCGAAUGUAAUGCUCGGGAACCAACUCCAUUCUGUAAAUCAACACAGAAAGAUGCAUCAGGAUGACAUGUACGCGGAUUACGAAAGUGUCGAUACACCACUAGUUGAGCGUAGAAAAAAUUGGCUGCAACGAACAAUAACACGAAUGGGAUCUGUUCGUAGCUCAACGACAACAUACAGCAGUGGCGGUGGAUUUUUUUCACGAAAUCGUCACAAUAGUGUUUACAGUAGUCCCGAAACAGGUGGACUGCCAGCAACAAAUAAUCCCAAAAUUUCCCUUUACGAUCGUCUCGUGGGACGAAAAAGCGUUCGACCCAUGGGUCGUCAAGGAACCCUGACGAAAUUGCAGGCAGUGCCGGUGUCAUUAAAAAAUCGACCCCGAAUUCCAACGCCCGACGUGACAAAGGAAGUGGUGGAUCGUGAGCAGAGAUUGGCAAUUUCCGCGAAUAAUGCAGCCAAUAUUGGCGCCGGUGUUGUUGGCGUGAUACCAACCAACUACACAACGGAUCUUUCGCUCGUGGUACUGUCGCCAAUUCAUGAGAACGAGGGAACGCCGGUUUCGGGCAAAAGCGGAACUGCCGCACUCGCGCAAGCCGUUUUAACACCAAGUUUAACUGGCGCCGGUCUCGUCACAUCGGGAACAUUGCCCGGAACAUUUAUCCCCGUGACAAUGAGCCAAUUAUCGCAGCUUGGAAUUGUCACAACAACAUCAAUGUCACGUCCACCAAUUCAGGGCGUUGAGCAUCACGAGAAACGACAGGCCACACUCACUGAGGUAAACACGAGCGAGGAAGAAGGCAGUGGAAGCGGAAGCAGCAGCAACGGAAGUAUAAUAACGGGCCAAGAUGACCGUUCAACGCCCUUAAUCGAGAGAGUGUGUCCAAGCGAGAGCAGCGGUAUUGGAAGUUUAUCAACAUUCAGCAGUUACUAUGACCGUUCGCCAAUUGUAAUAGAUCCCGAGAAACUCGGACAAUUUAUAGCCUCAACAAAUGAAAAAACCGAACGACUGACAACGACAAAUAAUAAUAACAAUAAUGAUUCACGCGGUAGACGUUCAACAUCACUGCCGAGUCCUCCAAUAGCAACAGUGAUAAAUGACGAUCGCAGUUUGUCGCUGCCCUAUUCGCCUGGACUGCAACCCCGUGGAAACCGUGCAGCGUCAGUGACAAGUCGCAGUGAGAAUCCAAAUCUCCAGAGGCUCACGCCACUAAAACGAAAAACGGAUAAUUCUCAUCUUCAAGAACCAACGCGUAAGACAAGUUCAUCGAGUGUUAAUGCACUGACAACAUCGACGGCGUCUAUUAAUCCGGGACAAUUAUCACCAGUGCCAAGUGCAACGGGAAGUAAACGAAAUGAAGUCUAUGUUUGAUCAUUUUUUUUUAAGGAUAUGAUUUAUUUUACGGUGCCUUAGUUGUAUUUUCAAGAAAAGAAGAACAAUCCGUCCCGAUUGAAGUAAUUUCAAUCACGUUUUAUUUUUUUUUUUACAGUUUAUCAAAUUUGUAACUUAAAAAAAAGGAAAUUUGUAUUUUUUUCUAUUGUUUACUUGGAAAAAAUUAGGAAAAAAGUAGAAUUUGGUUUUUCCCAGUCAAUAUAAUUCGAUUGGAAAAUUAAAUUAAUUUUGGAUGUGAAUUCAAUAGUAAUAAUUGAUUAAUAUUGAAUGUAAAUUCCAUAAUAAUUAAUUAGCAUUGAGUGAGUAUAUAUUAAUUAUCCGAAUUUAAUUGAUUAUUACUUA